AUGGGCAUGAGCUACCGCCGAUACUUGAAUGGCGCCCGUAUCUACGGGUGCUCGACUUGUAAGACUCACCUCGCCACCAUCCACUCGAUGAUCUCUCGCGUGAGCUUUCCAUGGCCACACGGUCGUGCGUACCUCUUUGACGGAGUUGUGAACGUCAUUGAGGGAGAACCUAAUGACCGUGUCAUGACCACGGGCAACCACACCGUGCGCGACAUCUACUGCUGCAAGUGUGGACAGACUCUGGGAUGGAAAUACGACCGGGCAUACGAGUCGUCGCAGAAGUACAAGGAGGGCAAGUUCAUCCUCGAGCGGAACCUCCUCGUCGACGUGCAGUAA